AUGAAUACUAACUGCUAUGGUAAUUAUUUACGAUCUCAUGAUGUUCUUCUUCUUUUGGAUCCAAGAUUAGGUGAUGAAGCACGUAAUUAUUCUUUGUUUAUCUCACAAAAUUUUCCAGUACCAAAACCAUUCACGUUACAAGCAAUGCGUGAACGAAGUGAAAAUGUUAAUAGAAAAGCUAAUGAAAAAUUAAUCGGAACAUUUAAUGGUACUGAGGAAGAAAGACAAAUAAAAAUUGAUGAUAAUACAGAAAUACCAAUUACAAUUUAUACACCAGCAAAUGCUAAUAAAGAUAAAAUGGUUGUAUUUUUUCAUGGUGGAGGAUGGACACAAGGUAGUCGAAAAACUCAUCAAACAAUUGUUAAUAUGCUUGCUGAUGCUACGAAAAGUAUCUGGAUAUCAGUUGAAUAUCGUCUUUCACCUGAAAAUAAAUUUCCUAUUUGGCUCGAUGAUGGAUGUGAAGUAACUCAACAGAUUCUUGCAAAUAAAACUAGUUAUGGUGGUGAUGAAAAUACGAAAGUUGGUGUAGCAGGUGAUAGCGCUGGCGGAUUAAUUGCAGCAUCCGUUUGUCAUACAAUAAAAAAUCUAGCUUUUCAGAUUCUUGUUUAUGGUGCAUUUGAUUUUGCCUAUGGAACAGAAUCAUGUAAAGAAUUUACUAGUCCAGAACAUAUCUUAACACCUGCAAUACUUGCUUGGUUUAGUUCAAAUGCAUUACGUAAUGAAGAAGAUAAGAAAAAUCCUCGAGCAUCUGUUUUAUUACAUGAAUCAUUUGAAGGAUUACCACCUUGUUUAUUUAUUGUUGCUGAACUUGACCCAUUACGAGAUGAUAGUUAUGAAUAUCAAAAAAAAUUAGAAAAAGCUGGAGUUAAAACAAAAUUAGUAUUAAUUAAAGAUGUAAUUCAUUCAUACUUUAGUUUACCAGGCAUAUACGAAAAAGCUUGUGGACAAACAAUUGAAGCUGUAACCGAAUUUAUGAAUUCAUUGUAA